CGGGUUACUGCUUUAUAGCCUGGACUUAUCAUCCGUGUCUCGAACCUACAUUCCGGAACAUAUUACAGCUGACCUGACCCUCUCAAGGUCGACCAUGAAAUUUGUGUCGGUAAAUGUCGGAAGACUUUUCUAUUCUAACCAACUGUCGGAAGAGACAGUACGGCUCGCUUAAUGAAAGCAGCAUUUCUGACCGACUGUGCCAUUCUCAUAAUAUCGGAUCCGGGGAUACGCUUACAUCCAUUGCGGUACAGUAUGGAACCACCGUACAGCACCUCAAGUUACUUAACCAUCUCUGGACUUCCGACAUAACUAAUCUGAAAACCAUAAGGGUCCCAGCUUCAGUGAAUACGAACUACGAUAACUUUGAUAACAACGAAGUUAUUGAGAUGCGAUCCAUCAAAGCCAACCGGCCAGUCUCCGGUGAGACUGCUUCCUCAGAGGCGGAUUACUGGGAUCCUUCAUACUACUACAAAAAUCUGUUUGCUCGCAUAGAGCGGGUGAAGGAUGCAGCCUCCUCCUUUCUGCAGAAUAGAAGGACUCCGCCGCGGAAUCUUAACUUAGUUUCAUUCGGGACAUCCGGGUAUAAACCGAAUGAAGGCCUUAGCGAGGAGUUACAUCUGCUGGCCCGCUAUGGAUGGAGCAUUUGUACUGAAGCUGUUUUAGAAGUGCCUCCACUCAAAAGAUGCCCAACCGACACCCAGCAGAACCCUGGCCAAAACCAGACAGACCAUGGGGCACCUCCACAUUGAUUUCGCCGGACCGAUUAACGAACUAAAUCUCGUAGUGGUCCUGGAUCCCUUCUGCAAGUGGCCGGAAAUUUUCACUAUGAACUCAACCACUGCAACUUCCGCGAUUGCGGAAUUACGACAUCUGUUCUCCAUAUUUAGAUUUUUGGAAACAAGCGUGUUCGACAACGGUACGCAGUUCACUUCUCAGUCGUUCGCUGUUUUCACAAAAGUCAAAUAGGCAGGUCGGGAGAUUUUCG